CGGCGCGGCGGCGCCUCCCUUUGCGGAGCGCUCGGGUGCGGCGCGGUCCCGCGGUGCCGCUGCUCCGUCCUCCUGCGGCCAUGGCGCUGCCCGGCAGUUGACGUUGGGUUUCUCCCCUUUUCCACCUUCUCCUCUCUCUCUCCAUCCCCCUUUCUUCCUUUCUUUCCCCCUCUCUCCCUCUCCCGGGCGCUCAGGCGCGUGGCGGCCGGUCCCGGAGGCGCCGCUCCCCGCGGGCCGCGCCGGGCGCACCAUGAACAUCAUCAUCGGCAUCGGCGGGGUCACGAACGGAGGCAAAACCACCCUGACCCGCAGGCUGAUGCAGGCCCUGCCCAACUGCAGCGUGGUGCACCAGGAUGACUUCUUCAAGCCCCAAGAUGAAAUAGAAGUUGAAGAUGGGUUCAAACAGUAUGAUGUGAUUAGUGCAUUAGAUAUGGAAGCCAUGAUGAGUACUAUAAAUGCUUGGAUAAAAAAUCCAGUCAAGUUUGAGCGUUCUCAUGGGAUCAACAACACACUGGAUGCGCAGAUCUUGCAAGAUAAGGAGGGAGGAGAUGAAACAAUCCACAUUCUUAUUGUAGAAGGCUUCCUGCUUUACACCUACAGGCCGCUGAUUGACGUAUUCCACCAUCGGUAUUUUCUUUCCAUUCCAUAUGAAGAGUGUAAAAGGAGAAGGAGCUCAAGGAACUACACUGUACCAGAUCCACCUGGCUUGUUUGAUGGCCAUGUUUGGCCUAUGUAUGUAAAGCACAGGAAGAUAAUGGAAGACCUUGGAGUUGAUGUGGUGCACUUGAAUGGAACAAAAUCAAAGGAGGAACUGUUUAACGAUGUGUAUGGACAGAUCCAGAACAAGAUUGAAGAAUUACUUAAGAUGCAGAAAUAAGCUGCUGCUGAGAGUGAAGAUGACUCCUGUUUGCUUCAUGCUGUCUACCUGACUGCCGCUAAAAUACCAGCUUCUGUGAAGACUCCCAACUCUUGAAUUCUUUGUUCUAUCUUCCCUUGAAACUGAGUUAUACAUGUCAUGAUUAAAAAGC